UGAUUUGGACUUUCUGAGUUUUGAUUACUUCUUGCGAAGUAUCGAAAAAGAGUAGCGCCAAUUCAAGUUCAUAUUUGCAUCCCAGUCCAUCCAAGUGAAGCAAACUUCACAUGGCUUUGGCUUUGGCUUUGGGUUAUGGUCUUCCUCAAAACCUUAUUUUGAAGAAAUCAAAUGCUUUGAUUGCUUUCCAGCUGAAGUCUUCGCUCUCUAACCAAGUGAAGCUAAUACCUGUACAGAAGAGAUGCCUUAGGUGCAACACCCUUCACCAAGAUAAGGAUAAUUCUCCCCUUGCCUGCUCUUUCCACGGCCACAUCAAUGGAGAGAAGGGGUUGUUCUCGCUGGCCCCACCACACCAAGGGAUCGACGGCGAGUGGAGUGAUCGUAGUGGAGUGAUUGUUUACAAAUGGAAUGACAAGGGGAACAGACCAAACACUGGUAGUGCAAAUUGGAAGAAGAGGUGGAGCUGUUGUUCUGAGUAUGAUGAGAAUGCAGCCCCUUGUCGACGAGGAUGGCAUGUGUCCUAUGAUGAUGGGUUCACCCUUUACUAGCUCCAGCGGCAGCAGCCCGUACUCAUUGCAUGAUGAAUCAGAAGCUAAUGCUGUUUAUACGUAUUAAAUCAUGUACAUUUUUCUCUUGCACAGUGUCAUUCUCCUCUUGUCCAGUUUCCAUCACAUAUGUGCUUCAACUUUUAAUGUAUUUCAUUCCUGGAGUUGUUUUA